AACGCACUUCCUUUUUUUUUUCGUCAGGUUUCAGUGCGAUUGAUUUAAUUAGUAACGCUAUAUAUCACAUAAAUAAGACAUAACUGCAUUGCUAGUUACCGUACAGAAGGGAAACAAAUAAUGCAGUACUAUCGAACAACCAUUGUGUAUGUAUGAAUGCAUGCCCAGCCACAAACAAAAGACAAGAAAAAGUUAAUUUAGUCCUGAACCUUCAUUCUUUGAACGUCGCGAUUCCGGACAAAACAUUCCGUGGCCAUGUAUCUAUAAGAUUUUAAAUAAAGUAACGCUAUUAUUUUGCACCGUUACCUUUGACACUACCCUAUUCUGUUUGCGGUUGCUUUCGUUCUGUUAGUGUUUUUCGCUCAAAACUGACUGUUACAUUUAAGACACAUUGUGAUCCCAACCGCAGUUUACUGAAUCAGGCCUAAUUUUACUGAAAUCAUGCUUACUCUUCACUCGGUCAUUUAAGUGCUUACCGCUUGUUGUUGUUCUAAGCUGCCACCGGUUUCUUGUCAGUUUCACUCUGGACAAGAGAGUCAUAAACAAAAAAUGAAGCUCUUCUCUUUGCAUGUAUAUUUUCUGCUAACGAGUUCAACAAUGGUGACUAAUGUGUGUUUAGCAAUCUGCGGAUGUAAUGAUACAGGUCAAGUGUACAUUCAGUAUAAGCCUCCAGCCACCGGAUGGUUUAAGCUCAUGUCCGGACGCCCUUGUUUUCGUCGCGAGUUAUCUAUGAAGAUAAACAACGCUGUAUUCGAAUACACCCUUUGUUACACGAGACAUUGGAUGCUUUACGAGAGAUCCUCACGGGACAACUCCACAACAACAAUUCAGAAAUUUAGCAGAAAAGGAAAUAAGCUCAAGAUCAUCUGCCCACCAACCGACUGUAGGCGUUCAACAGUUAUAGUUAGCGGACCUGAGUACCUCUCAGGUACAUACUAUCCAGUGCAUGAUGGCAAGGUAUUGACAGAAGAAAUCAACAUCACACAAUGGGGAAUGAUUGGUCCUACAACAACAUUCAUCAAUAUGACAGCAAAAAGGACACCAAUAUCACCUUCACCAGUAAUGACACUGUCAGAGCUUUCUACAUGUCUGCAAAAUCGUAGGGCCAUUUCCGGAGUGAAAGAUGAUGUUUUCAACAGAACAAAAUCAGUCGUUUAUGUCCGAAAAGACAGCAAUUUCAAUUUGACAAAAACACCAGAAGGAGACUUUUGGUGGAUAAUUUAUGUUGUUGAAAAACAAUUACUGGAUGAAUACCACAAGAGCAAAUGCAUUAACGUGUACACAGCUUCAGAGGACUUGGUAUAUGCCAUCAGCAACCAAGGAGCUGCUUGUGUGUAUGAUCUGCCUGGUGAAACUUGGUUGGAAAUCUCAGACAGUGAAUAUAAAACUCAUACUAUGAAUGUUCUGUAUAGUGAGCAUAAUAUGUUCAAUGGAUAACAUCAGCAACAUGGCCAUGCUUUUUAAUUGGAACAUUGUAAGUUUCAUAUUUUAUCUUUAUUGAAAAUAUAUUUUUCCAUUCGGCUGUUUUUAUAUUGGGCAAAUUAAUAUAAUAUACACAUCGUGUAACUUG